AUGCUCCAAUCCCAGGGCCCCCAGGUGCCUCCCGAGCUGGCCGGUGCUGCUGGAGAUAAAGGCCCCCUUCUUCUCCUGGACCCGCCUGCAGCACUCUCCAGCUCCCGGCCCUGGCCCUGGGUGCAAGGAAGGCUGGCCUCGCCCCUGGCUGCAGCAGAGACAGGCUGGCCGACCGGACGCAGCAAGUGGUGUGAUCUCUGGGAGGAGAUGCCGAAGGCAGCCCAGGCCAGAGGGGCUUGGCGCAGGGGGCUGCUGGUGCUGAGUGUCUUGGCCUGCUUCUCGCUCUGGGAGACCCAGGCACUAGCCAAUGGGCCGGCCCCGAUCCGAAGCCAGAGCAGCCAAGUGAGCACACCGCCUUAUUCCGGAGCUGGAGCUUGGUCCUGGGGGCACAGCAUCGCCUCUGCUCCUGUGGCCCAGAGGCCACGGAGGAGGCUCAAGGGGUGGGACAGGAGCCUCGCUGGAGGGCACCCGGUCCCCCAGGGCUCCUUUGGCGGGCAGCUGCUGAAGGAGAGGUGGCAAGCGCUGAGGCGGUGGUGUGAGAGGACGGUCCAGGUGAGCGAGGAGGAGGUGGUGAGCCCGCGCCGGGAGGAGCUGGUUCCCUGCUCGGAGCUCUACCAGUACAACAUGGCGGGCUGGCUCCUCGACCAAGACCGGAUGCGCCAAGCCCACGGCAGGGAAGAGGGCCGAGCCCACCCUGGCACUGCCCUGUGCCCCGUCUACAAGCCGGAAGACACGAGGCCCACGGUGUGGAACCGGACGGUGCGUGCUUGCUGUGAGGGCUGGAGUGGGCCCCACUGCUCUGAAGGAAAGGCGCUGACCGGGCGCUGCUUCUCCACCUGGCAAUGUCGGGAUGUGCCAGGCCUGCAGAACCUCUCGCUGCUCAGCAUGGACGCGUGUUGCAGCCGCCCCUGGGGCCGCAGCUGGCAGAACGCCUCCUCCGAGCUCUGCCUCAGCUGCUCCUACCUGCCCCUGCCAGGUGGGCCACCAGCCCCCACGGCACUUCUCGUCCGCCCGGGACAGCACCGGCGCCCCUUUGCCACCUGCACCACCUGGGCCGGCUUCCACUACCGCAGCUUUGACGGCAAGCACUUCCGCUUCCACGGGACCUGCGCCUACACCCUGGCGGCUGCACCGGACGGCUCCUGGGCCAUCGACAUCUCCUCCAGCCGGGGGCGCUGUGCCCUCCGCAUGCUCUUUGGGCUCGACCUGGUUGUGGCUCAGGGCCAGAACGUCUCGGUGAACGGUGCCGAGGUCCCGGAGGGAGAACCACGCCUGCAAAAAGGGAUCAGCGUCUGGUGGCUGGGGGAUUUCCUCUUCGUGGAGAGCGGCCUGGGCGUGCGGGUCAAGUUCGACAGGCGUGACACGGUCUACGUCACGGUGGGGACUGAGCUGAGAGGCGCCACCCAAGGCCUGUGCGGGGUUUACAAUGAAGACUCAUCAGAUGACUUCCGUCGUGUGGAAGGGGACGUGGCCAGGUUGGCAGCCAGCUUUGGCAAUUCAUGGCGCAUCCCAGAGGCUGGCCCGUGCCAGGAUGCUGCAGAAGAAGCUCACAGCUGUGAAGUGGUGGGGAGCCAGGCUGCUCAGCAGGAGGCGGGCUCUGUGUGCCAGAAGCUGCUCUCCAGCCCCUUCAGCCAGUGCCACUCCGAGGUGGACCCAAACGGCUUCCAUGACUCCUGUAUGUUCCUGCACUGCAGCAGAGCUGAGAUGGGUGCCAUCUGCGAUACCUUUGCCAGCUAUGCCCGCGAGUGUGCCCAGCGGAGCAUUUUGGUCAACUGGAGACGGUCCGGAUUCUGUGAAAAGGUGUGUGGCCAAGGGAAGCACUACUCGGACUGCGUCUCCUCCUGCCCUGCCAGCUGUGCCACGGUGGGCACGGACGGAGAAGGGGGCCGCUGCCGGGAGGAGUGUGUGAGUGGCUGCGAGUGUCCGCCAGGCCUCUACCUAGAGGGUGGCGCCUGUGUCCCCGGGAGCCAGUGCCCCUGCUACCACCGGCGCCAGAAGUACGCCCCAGGGGAGACCCACCGGCAGCACUGCAACCAAUGCACGUGCCAAGGGGGGCGCUGGCUUUGCUCCCAAGACCAGUGUGCCAGGGAGUGCUCCCUGCUGGGCAACACCCACUACCUGACCUUCGACCACCGGCGCUACUCUUUCCACGGCGCCUGCCAAUACAUCCUUGUGCAGGAUUUUGUGGACGGGAAACUUCACAUCACAGCAGAGAAUGAAGCCUGUGGGAGCCAAGGAGCCCUCAGCUGUCUCAGGGCCACGGCCGUCACCGUCCAGAAGGUCUCUGCCCGGCUGUCCAUCACUGGGGAGGUGUCGGUGAACGGCCAGGAGGUGGCCCUCCCCUUUGCCAGUGCCGACCUGACCGUGCGGCGUGCCUCCUCCUCCUUCCUGCUCCUCCAGGCCUUUGGGGCCCACCUGCUCUGGGGGCUGGACCGCCCGGCCCUGUACAUCACCCUCCAGCCUGGCUUUGCCCACAAGGUCCGAGGCCUCUGUGGCACCUACAACUGGAACCAGCAGGACGAGUUCACCACCCCGGAGGGAGACCUGGAGUCCAGCGCGGCUGCCUUUGCCAACCAGUUCAGAGCCUCCCGCGAGUGCCCCCCCGCCGGCCCCUCCACCUCCGACCCCUGCAGUACCUACGCCCAGCGCAGGCAGUUUGCCGAGGCGGCCUGUUCAGUCCUGCAUCGCCCUCCCUUCCAGCCCUGCCACGACCUGGUGGAGCGAGAGCCCUUCUACCAGCUCUGCCUCUAUGACGUGUGUGGCUGUUCGGCCAGUAAGGACUGCCUGUGCAACGCCGUGGCUGCCUACGCCAGAGAGUGUGCCCAGGAGGGAGUCCCAGUCGCCUGGAGGAACCAGAGCUUUUGCCCGGUGCUGUGCUCUGGGGGUCAAGUCUACCAAGAAUGUGCCACCCCCUGCAGACGGACCUGCGCUGACCUGCGCACAGAAGCUCUGGGCGCCUGCCAGGACCUGGAGGGGGUCUGUGUAGCUGGGUGUAACUGCCCAGAGGGGCUCGUCUUGGACGACGACGGGCAGUGUGUCCGGCCAGGGUCGUGCCCCUGCAGACACAGGGAGGAGGCCCAUCCGCCUGGCAGCACGAUCCAGAGGAGUUGCAACACCUGUGUCUGUGUGGACGGGGCCUGGAACUGCACGGCCGAGAUCUGCCCCGAAGCCGUCCUCUGCCCCGGGGAGCUGAUCUAUGCCUUUGGCUCCUGCCUCCGGACCUGUGAGAGUCCUGAGGGCAACCUGAGCUGUGCCGGCCUCUCUGAUGGCUGCGUUUGCCCCCCUGGAACCGUCUUCUUGAACGAACGCUGCGUCCCCCCCGAGGAGUGCCCUUGCCACCACCACGGCCGGCUGUACCAGCCCAACGACACCAUCGCCAGGGACUGCAACACCUGCACUUGCCGAAGUCGGCACUGGGAGUGCAGCCGCCGCCCCUGCGCAGGGGUGUGCGUAGCCACGGGCGACCCCCACUACAUCACCUUUGACGGACGGGCCUACAGCUUCCUGGGGGACUGUGAGUACAUCCUGGCCCAGGAGAGCAGCGGCGCCUUCACCGUCACGGCAGAGAACGUGCCGUGCGGCACCAGCGGCACCACCUGCACCAAGUCCGUUGUGGUGCUCCUUGGCAGCACAGUUGUCCACCUGCUCCGAGGAAAAGAUGUGACUGUGAACGGCGUCUCGGUCCGGCCCCCCAAGACAUACAGCGGGAACGGCCUGAGCCUCGAGCGAGCCGGCCUCUUCCUCGCUCUCACCUCUCAGCUGGGGCUGACGGUGCUCUGGGAUGGAGGCACCCGGGUGUACGUCAAGCUGGACCCCCUGCACCAGGGCCGCGUGGCCGGGCUGUGCGGGAACUUUGAUGGGGACACAGAGAACGACUUCACCAGCCGGCAAGGCAUUGUGGAGCCCACGGCCGACCUCUUGGGCAACUCCUGGCGCCUCAGCCUGUUUUGCCCUGAAGUCCGGAGUGAGGAUUUUGAGCACCCCUGCACGGUAAACUCCCACCGUGUGGCCUGGGCCCGGAAGCGCUGCGGGAUCCUCUUGCAGGACCUCUUUGCCCCCUGCCGCGAGGAGCUCCCCUGCCAGCAGUUCUACGAGUGGUGUGUCUUUGAUGCUUGUGGGUGUGACUCUGGAGGGGACUGCGAGUGUCUCUGCACAGCCAUCGCCACCUACGCCGAGGAGUGCAGCCAGCGCGGGGUCUCCGUGCGCUGGAGGAGCCAGGAGCUCUGCCCCCUGCAGUGUGACCAUGGGCUGGAGUACGACCCCUGCGGCCCGGCCUGUCCCCAGACCUGCAAGAACUUUGGCCUGGAGCCCGCUGAGCACUGCGAGGCCCUUUCAUGUGUGGAGGGCUGCUUCUGCCUGGAGGGGAAAGUCCUGCAUGACGGCCGCUGCAUUGACCCCUCCGAGUGCCCCUGCUUCUGGGGGGGCACUUUGUUCCCCCUGGGCGCUCUGGUGACGCAGGAGUGCAGGAACUGCUCCUGCGAGGCGGGCCUCUGGCAGUGCAGCGCCCCACUGGAGACGUGCACCGCUCCGUCCCACUGCAGCGCGGCAGAGUUUGCCUGCCACACAGGCGGGCGCUGUGUGCCCAGCGCCUGGGUGUGCGACAAUGAGGAUGACUGCGGGGACGGCUCGGAUGAGUUCUGUGUGCUGCACUGUGCCCCACAUCAGUACCAGUGUGCCAGCGGGCAGUGUGUGCCGUGGGGCUACCGCUGCGACGGCACUGCAGACUGCUUGGACCGCUCAGACGAGAGGGGCUGCCCCCUCCCCGCCUGUGCCCUGCAGGAGUUCCGCUGUGCCAAUGGCCGCUGCAUCCCUCGCCAGCACGUCUGUGACGGGGAGCUGGACUGCGGCUUUGCGGAUCAUUCGGAUGAAGCUGGCUGCGGCCCCCCCUGUGGGCCCAGUGAGUUCCGCUGCGCCGUGGGGCGCUGCCUGCCCUACCUGCACCGCUGCGACGGGCAUGAUGACUGUGGGGACUUCAGCGACGAGGGCGGCUGCCUCUGUCCGGCUGGGGACUUCCAGUGCCCCGAUGGCCGGUGCCUGGCUCAGGCGCUGGUCUGUGACGGCAAGCGGGACUGCUCGGCUGGGACCGACGAGGCCUCCUGCCCGGGCCACGUGACGUGUGCCCCGGGGCAGCUGCCUUGUCCAGACGGCGUCUGCGUGAGCCGCUUACGGGAGUGUGACGGGGUGCGGGACUGUGCCGAUGGUGCUGACGAGGACCCAGCUCUGUGCCUGGAGGCCCAGACCACCGCCCCGCUUGCCACCAUCCCCUCGAAACUCCCUGGGACCCACCAGCCACCUGCCAACAGGACUCUGGCGCCACCCUGUGGCCGUUACGAGUUCUACUGCCACAGCGGGGAGUGCCAGCCGCGGGGCUGGGUGUGUGACAACGAAGCCGACUGCCUGGAUGGCAGCGAUGAGCUGGACUGCAACCGCACCUGUGGCCUGGACCAGUUCCCCUGCACCCUUGGCGGUGAAUGCAUCCACUAUAGCCGCCUGUGCGAUGGCGCCCCCCACUGCUGGGACCACUCCGACGAGAGCAUUGACACCUGUGGCUCCACCCAGAUCCCGCCCUGUCCGGGCUUCUUCAUCUGCAACAGCCGUGUGUGCAUCAAUGUCUCCCGGGUGUGCGAUGGCUCCCCGGACUGUCCCCAGGGAGAAGACGAGCUGGCCUGCGGAAGCCACAUGGCUCCUCCAAGGGAGAGGAACCAGACGGCCGGGCCCUGUGCAGAGUACUCCUGUGGAGACGGCACCUGCAUUGCCUUCAAACAGGUGUGCAACGGGCUGGCUGACUGCGUGGACGGCAGCGAGGCCACGAGCUGGCUCCCGUCGGACGAGUGGGACUGUGGCCUCUGGAGUACCUGGGGCCCCUGGAGCCCCUGCAGCCAGUCGUGCGGGACAGGCCUGCAGGUCCGCCGCAGGAGCUGCACCCGGCGGGCCGACGACGUCCUGCGGCACUGCCUGGGCAAGGAGGCGGAGGCUCAGCAGUGCUUCUCCGUGGCCUGCCCAGUGGACAGCGUCUGGAGCGAGUGGGCCGUGUGGUCGAACUGCAGCCGGGACUGCCGCGGGGUGGUGGUGCGGCACCGGGAGUGCCUGCCGCCCCAGAACGGGGGCCGCCACUGCACGGAGAUGCCGGAUGCUUCCGCCGGUGCCGUGGAGAUCCAGCCGUGUCAGCUGGAAGGCUGCCUCAACGCCUCCGCCUGCCCCAGGGACUUGGUGAGCCGGAAGUGCGCGCCCUGCCCCACGUCCUGCGCUGAGCUCUCCAGCCGCACACGGUGCAGGAAGGACCGGCCUUGUAGUCCAGGCUGUUGGUGCCCCGACGGGCUGGUCCUGGACAGUGAGCAGCAGUGUGUGCACCCGCGGGAAUGCCCCUGCCAGGUGGAGGGCAGCCGCUACUGGCCAGGCCAGCUGGUGAAAGUCAACUGCCGGAUUUGCACCUGCCAGGAUGGGCAGAUGAAGCGCUGCCGGCAGAACCCCGAGUGCACAGUCAACUGUGGCUGGUCGUCCUGGUCCCCCUGGGGCGAAUGCCUGGGUCCCUGUGGGGUGCAGAGCAUCCAGUGGUCCUUCCGCAGCCCCAACAACCCCAGCAAGCACGGGAACGGGCGCCAGUGCCGGGGCAUUUACCGCAAAGCCCGCAGGUGCCAGACGGAGCCCUGCGAGGAGUGCGAACACCACGGCCGAGCCCACGAGAUGGGCGGCCGCUGGCGCUCGGGGCAGUGCCAAGUGUGCCAGUGCCUGCCCAAUCUGACCGUGCAGUGCUCCCAGUACUGCCCUUACCACACAGUGCCCUGCCCCGAGGGCCGGGUUCUGGUGGAGGGCCGAGGGGACACCUGUUGCUACUGCAUGGAGACGGGUGAGAACCGAACAACAGCCCCCGCUGUGCCAGCAGUCACACCUCUGGGGCCCACUGGGGUGGGCCCAGCUGGCUUCACCACCCCUCUCCCGCUCAGCACCUUCCCGCUGCCCCCACUUGGAGACCUUUGCUACAGCCCCCUGGGCAUCAGCUCCUUGCCGGACGCCAGCUUCAGCGCCUCCUCACAGCAGCCGGAGAACCCAGCGCAUGCAGCUCGCCUCAACCGCAUCCUGCCCGACUCGGAUUUGCAAGGCUGGGCCCCUCCGGCUGACGCCUAUCCCGAGCUCCUCUCCCAGCCACCCUUCUUGCACGUGGACCUGGGGGAGCGCCGAAACAUUACAGGAGUGGUGGUGCAGGGGGCAGGAUCCUCCGACGCCUACGUGACCAGCUUCUCCCUGCAGUUCAGCCUGGAUGGUGUGAGAUGGCACGAUUACCACGAGGCCUCCUCCAUGGGUGCCACGCUUGAACCAAAGUUGUUCCAGGGCAACUCGGACGACUCCACCCCAGUGGUGCGCACCUUCCAGCGCAUGGUGCAUGCCCGGCACAUCCGCCUCCUGCCCCGCGACUUCCACAACCGGAUCUUCUUGCGCAUGGAGCUGCUGGGCUGUGGCAAAGUGUCCCCAGAACUACCCGGCAUCCCCACCGCGUCUCCAGGCUGGAGGCCUUGCCGGGCGGGCGAGUUCCAGUGCCGAAACGGGCGCUGUGUCCCCGCCGGGCCCCAAGGCGCCAUCUGCGACGGAGUCAACGACUGCUGGGACUUCUCGGACGAGCUGCCUUGUGGAGCCGCCCCGUCCCUGGAGCCCGUCCCAGGCACUUGCCUCCUCUCCCAGUUCCACUGCGCCGCCUCCAACAUCUGCCUCGAAGCCUCCCGGAGGUGCGAUGGGGCCACCGACUGCCCAGAUGCCGCUGACGAGGCCGGCUGUGGGCCUGCUGCCACCCGCCUGGCCCCGGAGGGCACCUCCAGCCCGAGGAGGCCUCCGCUGAGACCUUCUGUGCCCCACCCGACUCAGGUGUCCCCAGGUGGAUGGCCGUUCCCAGAGGGCUUCACCCCCACCCCGCCAGGUCUCUGCAGUGAACCCCUGGGCUUGGAGGACGGGCGGGUUCAGCACCAGCAGCUGAGCGCCUCCUCCUUCCAGGACGGAAACCCCCCUGAUGCUGGGCGCCUCCACAUUGUGCCCAACAUGCAGGACAUGGAGCCCGGCUGGAGCCCACGCCGGUCGGAUCGCAGCCCCUACUUCCAGGUGGACUUUCUCCGGCCCACCUUCAUCACCGCCGUGGUCACGCAGGGCGGGAGCCCGACUGGAGGGUACAUCGCCCGCUACCGCCUGGCCCACAGCAAGGACGGGGUCCACUUCCAGGAUUACAUCCGGGCUGGAUCCGGCGCUGGAGCCUCCCUACAGGCCACGGUCCUGGAGGGCAAUUCCGACAGCGCCACCCCGGUGCGGCAGGAGCUACGACCAGCCCUCUUGGCCCGCGUCCUGCGCCUGGUGCCCACAGAGUUCCGCGGCAGCAUCUCCUUGCGCAUGGAGGCGCUGGGCUGCCCCUGGAAGACGAAGCCCACAGAGGGCGCAGCAACCCCAACCGGCAGCAUCCGAGGGCCAGGAACAGCCGCCACGGGAACAGCAUCCCUCCCCAGAAGGCUCACGGGGACGCCAGGACUUGCAGCCACCACUCGGGGGCCAGGAGCACCCUCCGCUCCUCCUGCCACUGGCCCCUCGGGCUCGCCCAGGGGGGAGGCUUCCCAGCAGCUCUGGGGACCAGCCACUUCCGCCGCCUUGUUCCCGGGGACUCCGAGCGUUGCCUGGCCCACUGGCCCAGGGCCCAAGAUGCCCACCCUGCCCAGGGUCACGGCCGGAGCCUCUGGUGCCCCAGGACUGCCUGGAACGUACACCCUCCCAUCCCAGCCUGGGAAGCCCGGCGUGGGGCCCACGUUCUCAGGGCCCUCCCGCACCCCCAGCCCCGGCAGGCCCAGGACCCUCUGCACGCAGGGCCAGUUUGCCUGCGAGGCCUUUGGCUGCAUCGAGGCCGCCUUGGUGUGUGACGGCCGGGAGGACUGUCUGGAUGGCUCGGACGAGCUGCACUGCGGGGGCCCAACAGCUGCCACCCUCCCCACGGCUCUCCCGCUGUCCCCAGUGGGCCCUCCCGGCGCCUGCUCCACCAAGCAGUUCUCCUGCGGCAGCAGGGAGUGUCUGGCCCUCGAGCGGCGCUGUGACCUUCGCCACGACUGCCAGGAUGGAUCCGACGAGGCCAACUGUGUGGACUGCAUCCUGUCUCCGUGGACCGCCUGGAGCGAGUGCAGCCGGUCGUGUGGGCUGGGCGUGACCUUCCGCCGCCGUGACUUCCUCCGCCACGCCCUCCCGGGGGGGCAAUGUGACCGCGAUGAGUUUGACAGCCGCUCCUGCUUCCUCCAGGCCUGCCCAGUGAACGGCGCCUGGGCCUCCUGGGGCGAGUGGUCCGACUGUGACGCCGAGUGCCGAGGGGGAGUCCGGAGCCGCACCAGGACCUGUGCCGACCCCCCACCCAAGAACGGCGGCCAGCCGUGCCCGGGGGAUGCUGUGCAGAUGGAGACGUGCAACCGGCAGCCCUGUGGAGAUGCCCGUGAUUGCGGCCCGGACAUGGUCUACGUGCAGGCUGGACACUGCGAGCGGGGCCUGGUGGCCCCCUGCCCUCAGCUGUGCCAGCAACUGAGCGCGGAGAUGAGCUGCCACAGCAGCUGCGUGGAAGGCUGCCGCUGCCCUCCGGGGCUCUUCCUGCAGGACGGGGGCUGCGUGAACAUCAGCCAGUGCCACUGCUUCUUGGGCCGCGAGCGGCGCCUCCCGGGGGAGAUGUUCCUCCGCGACAACUGCAGCCAGUGCGUCUGUCUGGAGGGCACCGUGACCUGUGACUCCGUGGCCUGCCCCGUGAACUGCGGCUGGUCGGCCUGGUCUCCGUGGACGCCCUGCAGCCGGAGCUGUGGGGUUGGGAUGCAGCAGCGAUUCCGGUCCCCCUCCAACCCAGCAGCUGCCAAUGGAGGCGCCCCUUGCCAGGGGGACGUCCAGGAGGUCCGUGAGUGCCACACCGCCUGCAUCCCAGAGAUGGCCAGCCCCUGGAGCAACUGGACGCCCUGGUCUCCCUGCUCAAAGACCUGCUUCUAUGCCACCGACGGGGUUGGCGUGAAGAAGCGCUUCCGGCACUGCAAUGGCAGUUCAGAGGCCACGGGCUGCAGCGGGGAGGUGGUGCAGGAGGAGCCCUGCGAGACGCCCCCCUGCCCAGUGGGAGGCCUCUGGACCCCCUGGACGGCCUGGUCCCCAUGCUCGGCUCGUUGCGACUCCGGCGUGCAGACCCGUAACCGCUCCUGCUCCAACCCUGCCUAUGGGGGCCCCGAGUGCUCCGGGCCCCUCAUCCAGACCCGGGAUUGCAACACUCAGCCUUGCAAAGCGCUGUGUCCGGGCAACAUGGUGUACCAGACGGCUGAGGAGUGCCAGCAGAAAGGAGGUGCCUGCCCGCGCCUCUGCCUGGACCAGGGCACUCGGGUGGAGUGCGCCUCCCACUGCUACGAGGGGUGCUACUGCCCGGACGGACUCUUCCUCCAGAACGACACCUGUGUGCCGCUCAGCGAGUGCCCGUGCUACCACCAGGGGGAGCUCUACCAGCCGGGGAACAUCCUCCCGCUGGACUCCUGCAAUAACUGCACCUGCACAGAUGGAGAGAUGGCCUGUGGCACAGAACCCUGUCCAGUGGACUGUGCCUGGGGGGUCUGGAGCUCCUGCAGCCGCAGUUGCAACGUGGGCACUCGGCGGCGUCACCGCUCCGGCUCUGAGCUUCCUGCCACCGCCAGAGGACAGCAGUGCCAGGGGCCCCAUGUGGAGAUUGAGUUCUGCAGCCUGCAGCCCUGCCAGGGCUCCGGCAUGGAUUGGGGGCCCUGGUCGGAGUGCUCCGUGCCCUGCGGGGGUGGCUACCGGAACCGCACGAGGGCCAGCGCUGCUGUCCUGCGCAGGAUUGACUUUGCCACCUGCAACCUCCAGCCCUGCCCAGGUGAAGAGCCCGGCGUCUGCCCGGAGGGGAAGGUGUGGCGGGAAUGUGUGGCUGGGCCAGCCUCUUGCGCAGCGCUCAGCACGGAGCCAGCAGCGGACGGGACCUGCCUGGCCGGCUGCUACUGCCCCCGGGGCGCCGUCCUGCUGAACAAUCUCUGCGUGCCGGAGGAGGAGUGCCCGUGUGCCCAGGAUGGGGUGCUGUAUGCCCCCGGAGAGGCGGUCCCCCAAGGCUGUGAGAACUGCUCCUGCGUCCUGGGCCGGGUUGCCAACUGCUCCCGAGAGUCCUGUGGGGAUGUGAACGGCGGCUGGUCAGCCUGGGCCCCCUGGAGCGCCUGCUCGGCUGCCUGUGGGCUGGGGCUCCGCAGCCGCUACCACUUCUGCACAGACCCAGCUCCGUCCGGGAUGGGCGUGCCCUGCCUCGGGCCGGAGCGGGAAGACCAGCCCUGCCUCCUCCCGCCGUGUGCCAGAAGCGGGGCCUGGGGGCAGUGGAGCCCCUGGACAGGCUGCACCAUCAGCUGUGGGGGAGGCAUGCGGAGCCGGAUGAGAGCCUGUGACAGCCCCGCCCCCCAGGGUGGGGGGGACUACUGUGAGGGGGCCCCCACCCAGGUGGAGGCCUGCCACCUUGACCCCUGCCCAGCUCUGGACUGCUCUUCGGUGGAGGGCUCCGUGUACAGCAGCUGUGGGCCCCCCUGCCCCCGCACGUGCGACGACCUCUCGCACUGCAUCUGGAGCUGCGAGCCCGGCUGCUACUGCCCCGGAGGGAAGCUGCUGGCCGCCAACGGCACGGCCUGCCUGGAGAAGGCCAGCUGCCCCUGCCUGGAGCCGCUCACGGGCCGCCGGCUCCUCCCGGGGGAGACCCUCCCUGGUGCCGACGGCUGCAACUCCUGCACCUGCUCCCGAGGGAAGCUGAUCUGCAGCCAGGAGGCCUGUGCCGUUCCGGGGGGCUGGUGCGACUGGUCCCCAUGGAGCCCCUGCUCCAGGACCUGCGGCAGCGAGAUGGUCAGCCGCUACCGGACCUGCAGCUGCCCCAAGCCCCAGCAAGGGGGCCCCGAGUGCGAGGGGGCCCAAGAGCAUCACGGCGACAGUGGCGUGCAGCUCCAGAGGCAGCCGUGCCCCCUGGCCACCUUCUGCCCAGUGGACGGGGCCUGGAGUACGUGGAGCGCCUGGUCGCCUUGCGACGCCUGCCUUGGCGAGGUCACACGGAGCAGGAUAUGCAGCAACCCCCCGGCCCGCUUUGGGGGCCUGCCCUGCCCCGGGGAAGCCCAGCAGAGCCGCGCGUGCCACGAUGGCGUCACUGUGUGUGAAGACUGCAGCGGAGGGCAGGUGUCCUUCCCCUGCGGCAAGGCCUGCCCGCGCACCUGUGAGGAUCUGCACCCGGGGAGCGCCUGCUUGGAAAGCCCGCGGUGCCAGUUGGCCUGCGCCUGCCCCGAUGGAGAGCUGCUCCAGGACGGAGCCUGCGUCCGCCCGGCCCGGUGCCGCUGCAAGUACCAGAACGGCUGGCUGGGCGCGCCAGAAGAGCGGGGUCUCUCCUCCUGGCCCGGACCCCUGCCCUGGGAGGACGCCCAGCCGGGGGAGACCGUCUUCGGGGCCUGCCAGAACUGCACCUGCGUGGCCGGGCGCCUGGAAUGCCGCGUGGACCCUUCGUGCCGCCUAGAUGGUGGCUGGGGCCCCUGGGGGCCAUGGUCGCCCUGCACCCAGAGCUGUGGGGAGGGCACCCAGUUCCGUUUCCGCGAGUGCGACAACCCGCCCCCACAAAAUGGAGGAAGGGGCUGCGUGGGGAACAGCAAGCGGCAAAGGGCCUGCCAGAGCCAACAGGAAUGCCCAGAGGAGGAGGAGGAGGAGGAGGAGGAGGCAUGGGGCGAGUGGUCUGCGUGGGCGCCCUGCAGCGUCUCCUGCGGUGGGGGAGAGCAGCUGCGCAGCCGCCGGUGCCGCCAGCCGGGCUGCCAGGGGCUGGCCGUGCAGAGCAAGACGUGCCACACGGAGGUCUGCCUCGAGGUGGGCUGCCCAGUGGGGCGUUUGUACCGGGAGUGCCUGAAGGAAGAGGGCUGCCCCUACAGCUGUGCCCACCUCGCCCACCAGAUGGACUGCUUCUCGGAUGGCUGCGAAGAGGGAUGCCACUGCCCGGUGGGCACCUUCCAGCACGGGGGCGCCUGCGUCCAGGAGUGCCCCUGCGUCCUGACUGAGGAGGCCCUGAAGAUGUUCCGGAGCCACUCCCCAGAUCUCCGCACUGCUCAGGGCCGGCUGCUCUCCCCUGGGGAGGAGGUGCCGCCCAAUGGCACCAUCUAUUCCGCCUGCAGCAACUGCUCCUGUCACCACGGACAACUGGCCUGCACGUCCUCCCUCUGCCCAGUGGACGGGGGGUUCGCGCCCUGGAGCCCGUGGGCAGCCUGCUCUCUGACCUGCGGGGGCCUGGGGAACAUGACCAGGUCCCGCGACUGCACCGACCCCGUGCCAGCCAAUGCCGGGAAGGAGUGUGUCGGCCCGCGGGUGGACAUCAAGUUCUGCCAGACGCCAGACUGCGAAGCCUUGGCUGGUCCCACAAAAGAGCCCGUCUCUGGCUCCCCAGGCUCCGAGGAGGACAGCUUCACCCUCUGGUCACCCUGGACCCCCUGCUCGAAAACCUGCAGUGAUCCGGACCUCCCGGCUGUCAAGACCCGCCUGCGCUUCUGCCCCGGAGGGGCCAACUGUUCGGGGGACUCAUUCCAGGAGCGAGAGUGCAACUUGCCCCAGUGCACAGACACCCCCUUGUGCCAAGGAGAGGAGUGCCUGGGCAUGAACUGCACCUGGAACCCCUGGUCCCCCUGGAGCGAGUGCUCCCGCAGCUGUGGCGUGGGGCAGCAGCGGCGCCUGCGCACCUACCACCUGCCCGGCCAAGGGGGGCACUGGUGCCAGGACAUCCUCACCGCCAACGCCGAGCGGCGCUUCUGCAACCUGCAGGCUUGCAAAGUGGACGGCGCCUGGUCCAAGUGGAGCCCCUGGUCGUGGUGCGACCGCACCUGUGGCGGGGGGCGCUCGGUGCGCACCAGGACAUGCACCAGCCCCCCACCCAAGAACGGAGGGCGCCACUGCCCCGGGGAGAAGUACCACGUGCGUGUCUGCAACCCCCAGCCCUGCGAGGAGGGCUGCCCCCCCACCAUGAGUCUGGUGGACUGUGCCGGCAGAUGCCCCCGCCACUGCUGGGACCUCCAGGAGGGCCUGGUGUGCCAGGAUGGCGGGGAGGCCUGUGAGCCCGGAUGCCGCUGCCCGGAGGGGAUGCUGGAGCAGGAUGGCGGCUGCGUCUCCCCAGAGCACUGCGAGUGCACGGACGCCCAGGGGCACAGCUGGGUGGCAGGCAGCCUCCGCCAGGACGGCUGCCACAACUGCACCUGCUCGGAGGGGCGGCUGCUCUGCACCAACCAGACCUGCCUGCCCAGCGCGGCGUGUGGCUGGAGCCUCUGGUCCCGCUGGGCUCCCUGCAGCGCCACCUGCGGGGACGGCCUCCGCACCCGCUUCAGGACCCCCACCUCCAGCUCAUGGGCCCCGGAGUGCCUGAAGGAGGAGCUGCAAACCCGCCCCUGCGCCCCGGGCCCCUGCCCGCCACUGUGUCUCCGCGGGGGCCAGGAGAUGCCCCUGGGCAGCAGCUGGCUGCAGGGCGAGUGCCAGCAGUGCAUGUGUACCCCGGAAGGGAUCUACUGCCUGGACAUUGCCUGUGCCGUGCACGGUGCUUGGACCCCCUGGUCACCCUGGUCCGACUGCCCCAUCACCUGCGGCCGCGGCACCCAGAUCCGCACCCGGGCCUGCAUCAACCCACCGCCCCGCAACGACGGCUCGCCCUGCGCCGGCCCUGAGGUGCAGGCCCAGAACUGCUCUGCCCCGCCCUGCUCAGGGGACGAGUCCUGCCACUGGUCAGCCUGGGGCCCGUGUUCGAGGUCCUGCGGAACUGGCUUGAGCACCCGGACAGGGCUGUGCCCCUGCCCGACCCCCCAGGAUGCGGGAGCGCCCUGCACGGACAGCCGCCGCCAGGAGGUGGGGGCCUGCUUCCUCCGGGCUUGUGAAGAGUGCCCGUGGAGUCCCUGGACGCAGUGGACGGGCUGUUCGUGCAGCUCCCUCGUGCAGCAGCGAUACCGGAACCAGCAGGGCUCGGGGGCCGACGGGGAGCCCUGCGUGGGGCUGGACGGGCAGUUCCGCAUGUGUGACUCUUCCCAGUGCUCCGAGUCCAGCUGUGAGGGACCCUUUGAGUUCCAGCAGUGCGGCUCCCCCUGUGACCGCCUCUGCUCCACGCUCCGGCACCCAGAGCUUUGCAGGGACAUCCCCCGGUGCCUGCCUGGCUGCUACUGCCCACAGGGCCUGGUGGAACAGAAUGGAGCCUGCGUCCCGCCCUCGCAGUGUGGCUGUCUUCACCUCAGCCAAUCAGAAGGCCCCGUGUACCUGGCUGCAGAAGACACAGUUCUGAUUGGUUGCAAGGAGUGCGUGUGCCAGCAGGGAGAGCUCCAGUGCAGCAGCUCAGGCUGCCAAGGGUUGCUCCCACUGAGUGCCUGGUCAGAAUGGACCCCCUGCUCCUCCUGCCUGCCCUUGGUGGCCCUCAGCCCCAGCGCCGCGUCCGUCCUCCUGGCUCAGCACCACAGCUGGCACCAAGAAGCCCCCGCCCAGCCCACCCUGGUCUCCGUACAGCACCGCUACCGCCUGUGCCUGGACCCUCAGACGGGCAGGCCCUGGGCAGGAGAGGCGAGCCUGUGCCCUGCUGAACUGGCGCAGGAGCAGCUGUGCCCAGACCCCCACGCCUGCGAAGAUUUCUGCCUCUGGGGCGACUGGAGCCCCUGGAGCCCUUGCCAGGAGCCCUGCAGUGGAGGCUUCCGUCUGCGCUGGCGCUCUGCCCGCCACCCCGCAGGGGGGCAUCUCUGCCGGGGGGGCCCCCGGUCUCAGUCCGAGAGCUGCAACACGGCCGCCUGCCCGGGAGAGGAAUGUGGACAUCGGGGGAAGGUGCCUGACCCGGCCUGCGCCAACGGCUGCCCCCGGACCUGUGCAGACCUCUGGGAACACGUGGAGUGCCUGCAGGGGGGCUGCAAGCCAGGAUGCCGGUGCCCUGAGGGGCAGCUCCUCCAGGAUGGGGUGUGUGUGCCAGUCCCGGCCUGCCGCUGUGGGCUCCCCAUGGCCAACGGCACCCUGGAGUUUGGGCCUGGGCAGGCUGAAGAGUUGGACUGUCACAACUGCACCUGCCUGAACGGCACCUUUGCCUGCCCGGAGCAGGAGUGCCCGUCCUACGGGGAAUGGUCCGCCUGGAGCCCCUGUUCGGCCAGCUGCGGAGGGGGCAGCUCCCUGCGGCGACGUCCCUGCCACGAGAGCCCAAGCGGAGGGGGAGCCCCCUGUGCUGCCGACGCCAUGGAGGAAGUGGCCCAGUGCCGCCCAGAGGCCUGCCCUGCUGACUGCCAGGUGGGCGAGUGGUCUGCGUGGAGCACCUGCAGUGCCAGCUGCGGCGGAGGCCUGUCUGAGCGCAGCCGCGUCCUGCUGUCCCCGCCGGGGGAGCCGUGCCCUGUCCCGCUGCGGCAGCACCAUGCAUGCAGUGCCCACAACUGCACCCCAGAGUGCCCAGGCGCCCAGGUCUACAGCCAGUGUGCCAACACCUGCCCACAAGCCUGCGCCGACCUGCGCACGGAAAGCCAGUGCCUCCAGGAGGCGUGCCAGCCCGGCUGCAGCUGCCCCUCGGGCCAGGUGCUGCAGGACGGGGCAUGCGUGCCCUUGGGAGAGUGCCGCUGCUCGCUCGGGCUGGGGCCUGCCACGCCCUGGGCUGCCAACCUGUCCCAAGAGGAGUGGAACCAGGAGCACCUCCCUGGCAGCAUCAUUUGGCACGAAUGCAACAGCUGCAUCUGCAGGGGAGGCGUCUUCAGCUGCACCCAGGAGGACUGUGAUGUGCCCUGCAGCUGGUCGGAGUGGGCGCCCUGGUCCCCCUGCUCCGUGACGUGUGGCCCUGGGGAGCGGAUCUCCCGGAGGCACCAGCUCCAGCAGCGUCUGUACGGCGGCGCCGAGUGCGAGGGGCCUGCCGUGCGCCAGACAUCCUGCGCGCUCCCCAACUGCGCCUGCCCCGGAGGCGAACGCUGGCUUGGAGCCGGCCCCCCAGGACCCCCGUGUGAGCGGAGCUGCCGGCAAGUCUACGAGGAUCCGCCGCAGAACUGCAGCAGGGAGGCCACCCCCGGCUGUGUGUGCCAGGCAGGGCACUACCGGGCCAGGAGCGGGCGCUGCGUCACCGCGGCCCACUGCGAGUGCGAGCACGGAGGCCAGCUUUACUCGCCGGGUACCGAGUGGCUCCACGGUUGUGAACUCUGCCGUUGCCUGAAUGGGAGGGUGCUGUGUGAGGCCAGCUGCCCGGAACUCACCUGCCUUGAGGGAGAAGUGAAGAUCCGGGAGGCCAACAGCUGCUGUCCGGUGUGCAGGGAGGAGCUCGUGGAAGAGUCCCGGCCCCAGUGCCAGCGUCUCACGGAGCUGCGCAACAUCACCAAGGGACGCUGCUUCCUGGCGGGCGUGGAGGUCAGCUUCUGCCGCGGGCAGUGCGCCUCCCACACCAACGUCAUCCCCGAGGAGCCCUACUUGCAGACCUUGUGCGACUGCUGCAGCUACCGCCUGGACCCGGUCAGCCCCGUGCGCAUCCUGAACCUGCAGUGCGGCAACGGGGAGACGGAGCCCGUGGUGCUGCCCGUCAUCCACAGCUGCGAAUGCAGCAGCUGCCAAGGUGGUGACUUCUCCAGGCGCUGACCGUGUGGCUGCAGGAGGAAGCCCAUCCCCUUUCAGAGGAGAGGAGCCUCCGCCCCGAUGGCCUCCCUCCCGCUGGACCUCGCCCUCGCUUUACAGGAGACAGCACAGAGGUUCCCGUUCAAUAAAUCACCCUGCACAGCUUC